UUUCUUGCCAUUGACCCAAAAGCCAGAGAGUUGCGGGAGAAGAAGAUGAGUAAGCGCGACCCUCCCUCUUCUUCUUCUUCUUCUCUCUCGCCCCUCUGAAAACUCCGACCUUCGUCUCUGCCCCAACCGCUAUCGUAUUGGUUACGCUCUGGUGCGGAAGUGGGAGUGGGAGAUAAGUUGACCGGCUAAAGAAGAGGCCUGUUAGUUUCUGGAGUUGUUAACCCGAUCCGGUGAUGGCUGUUCACAAGCUUGGGGUAUUGGUUGAUGUGCAAAUUUGUUGAAGCGCAGUAUCAUUAAUUGAAGAACAGCUGGGUAACUGACAAUAACUGGUUGCUGUAUCUGUGAUGGAAUGCAACAAAGAAGAGGCCUUAAGGGCCAAGGCUCUAGCUGAGAAAAAGCUGCAGAGCAAGGAUUUUCAAGGGGCUCGUAAAAUUGCUCUCAGGGCUCAGCAACUGUAUUCUGAUCUUGAGAAUAUCUCCCAAAUGCUUAUGGUAUGUGAUAUACACUGUUCUGCUGAGAAGAAGUUGGGUGCUGAGAUGGACUGGUACAGUAUCCUCCAACUUGAACGGACAGCUGAUGAUGCUGCUAUCAAGAAGCAGUACAGGAAGUUUGCUCUCCAACUUCAUCCUGAUAAGAACAAAUUUCCUGGUGCUGAAGCUGCCUUUAAGCUAAUUGGAGAAGCUCAAAGGGUUCUCUUGGACCGUGAGAAACGAAAGAUGCAUGACACUAAACGCGCUGCCAAUGUGAGUACAGCAAGAGCACGAGCUGCGUCCUUUAGCAGAGCGUCAGCACCAUAUCAGUCCCAGCCGAAGGCGAAUUGGAGUGCGAGUAAUGGUGUUGAGAUCAACUUUAGGGGCAAUUUUGCUGGUUUCAGCUCCCAACAUCCAAAACCACCACCACCCCAGUCUGGGCCCAAUUGCCGCCCUACAUUUUGGACAGUCUGCCCCUUUUGUUCAGUGAAAUAUCAGUAUUACAGAGAUAUUAUCAAUAGGUCACUUACCUGCCAAAAUUGCCAGAAGACCUUCGUUGCAUAUGACCUGAAUUUUCCAAAUCCAGGUGUGUCACCCAGCAUUAAUGUGCAGAAGCCGAGAUUUCCCGAACAGGAACCCUUCCCAAAACACGGGUAUUCCAAAGUGGAAUUGGGGCCAAAGGGAGCUUCCACAGCUGAGAUUAGAAGGCCCAAGGUUCCCCAAAAGACAGGUUUCCAGAACACAGCUGCUUCAGCUUGUAAGGUGAACAAUAGAAAGAGAGCAAGGAGCCAAGAAGAGGAAUCUAGUGAGAGUGUUGACAGCGAAAGCAGCAGCGAGUCUGAUGAUGUAGAAGAGAUCAUGGCUGAGGAUGGCCAUUUACCGGCCAAUCGAAGGAGUGAGCGGCCUGUUCGCAGGUCUGCUCGCCAGAGGCAAAAGGUGUCUUACAAGGACAGCUUCAGUGACGAUGAUGACGGUGGAGGAGUGGACCUUUCAGAGAGGGCUAAAGGGAAUGGACAGCCCUCUAAAGAAGAAAACAAGAACUCGGGCCGGGAAGAGGCUUCUAAACCAACUAGACAAGAUGGUGAUGAUGAGGACCACAAAGAGAAACAAAGUGAAGGUUUUGAGGAGAGCUUACUCAGUGAUGAUGAGUCUGAACGAGAUGUUGGCAUGAAGACAGAAGAAAUGCCAGAAUCUUUUGAAUAUCCUGAACCAGACUUCUACGACUUUGACAAGGAUCGGGAAGAAGGAUGUUUUUCAGUAGGGCAGACCUGGGCUGCUUAUGAUACAGUGGAGGGCAUGCCCAGAUUCUAUGCUCGAAUCAAGAAGGUUCUCUCUCCUGGCUUCAAGUUGAGAAUAACGUGGUUAGAGCCCAAUCCUGAGACACAGGAUGGGAGCAUCUGGGUAGAAGCGAAUUUGCCAGUUUCUUGUGGUAAAUUUGUUGUUGGUCAAACAGAAGACAUUGAAAAUCGACUUAUGUUCUCUCACAGGAUGAAUUGUGAGAAAGGCAGUAGCAACACGCACAUAAUAUAUCCCAAUGUAGGAGAAACCUGGGCCAUCUUCAAGAACUGGGACAUAAAAUGGCAUUGUGAUCCUACCAAUCAUAAGAAAUAUGAAUACGAUUUUGUUGAGAUCUUAUCUGAGUAUAUCGACAAUGUUGGUAUACAUGCUGCUUACCUGCAGAAGGUGAAAGGUUUCACCAGUCUAUUUGUGCAAACAUCUAGAGAGGGAAGCACUUCCUUUCAGAUUUACCCAGAGGAACUCUACAGGUUCUCUCACAGAGUUCCGUCCUUCAGAUUGACUGGCAAGGAGAGGGAAGGAGUUCCCGAAGGGUGUCUUGAACUUGACCCUGCUUCUAUUCCUCUGAACAUUGAAGAGAUUGAUCUUUCGAGCAAUCCUGAUGUUGUGACGCAUGAGGUGGCAGUCGAGGGAAAAUCCUCUCGGGCUGAUGAAAAGGGGACGAGUAUCUCCGAGCUCGACCACCCUCCUGGUUUCUCUCCUGUUGAAUCAAUUGAUAUCCCUGACUCGGAGUUCCACAACUUUGAUGACAGUAACUCCCCAGAGAACUUCCAAAUGGGUCAUGUCUGGGCCUUGUAUGCUGACGAGGAUAGUUUGCCGAAGUACUACUGUCAGAUCGUGAAAGUAACUCCUCCUCCCCAAUUUGAGCUGCAUGUUCGGUGGCUCACUCUCUGCAUGCUUCCAAAUAAUGCUAUUUGUUGGGAAAACAAACAAAUGCCCUUCUGCUGUGGAAAAUUCAAGGUCAGGAAGGGUAGUCCCACCAUCUACACAAAUACGGCCUCUUUCUCUCAUCGGAUGAAGGCAGAACGUGGGAAGUCCGGCUUUUUCGAGAUAUUGCCUGAGAAGGGCGAGCUCUGGGCACUCUACAGGCACUGGAAUCCUCAGAUGAUGUGCUCUGAUCUGGAGAGCUGUGAGUAUGAUUUAGUUGAGGUGAUCGAGAGGAAUGAGAUAGUGGUGAAAGUCUUAGUUUUGGAACGUGUGGACGGCUUCAAUUCAGUGUUUAAAUCCCAGAUGAGAGGAAGUUCGAAGGUCACCCGAGAGAUCCCUGUGGCUGAGAUCCUGAGGUUUUCCCACCAGGUGCCCGCCUUUCAGUUGGCUGAAGAAAGAAAUGGCAGCCUCCGAGGUUGUUGGGAGCUCGACACUGCAGCCUUGCCUGUUCAUUUUUUCAGGUCCAAAUGAAGUGGGCCUCUGCGCGAACAUAGAUUCUUCCAGUCCAAAGCAGUCUCUUGUGCUUUUGUCCAGUCGGGAAAUGGUAGGGAGUUGGAAUUCUUUUUGUCCUGGGUUGUCUGCACAGUAAGACAAGCGUAUAGCUGCAAAAUUUUCUCGACUAUCUUUUGGUAUUCUGUUCGAACUUAGAUCCUAAUGUUAUUAGACGCUAGUUGCUAGAUGCUUUGCUUUUGUAGAUAAGUUAAAUAGCUUUUCCUCCGGAUUCGGAAUUCUGGAAGUUUGUGGUAGGCUUUUUUUCACCCAGAAGAAGGUGAGAAAGACAGGAUGGUAACCUUUCCUCUUCUAUAUUUAUUGAAGUCCUUGGAAAUGGAUUCUUAUGGAAUGGUUCUGCAUCCAUUUCGAUCAACCUUCAA